GGGCCGGAGGCGGCCAUGGCGUCGUUGGCGUCGGCCGGCAGCGGCAAGAUCGAGCGGCUGUCGUCGAUCGACGCGCAGCUGCGGCUGCUCGUGCCGGGCAAGCUGUCCGAGGACGACAAGCUCAUCGAGUACGAUGCGCUCCUCCUCGACCGCUUCCUCGACGUCCUGCAGGGCCUCCACGGCGACGACCUCAGGGAGAUGGUCCAAGAAUGCUAUGAGGUGGCUGCUGAAUAUGAACAAAAGCAUGAUCUCCAGAAGCUUGAUGAACUUGGAGAGAUGAUAACAAGCUUGGAUCCUGGCGACUCCAUUGUGAUUGCCAAAGCAUUUUCUCACAUGCUUAACUUGGCCAACUUAGCCGAGGAAGUGCAGAUUGCGUACAGGAGGAGAGUUAAGCUCAAGAAGGGAGGCUUUGCUGAGGAGAAUUCAGCAAUCACGGAAUCUGACAUCGAGGAAACCCUUAAGAGGCUCGUUGUUGACAUGAAGAAGUCCCCUGCCGAGGUCUUUGAUGCCCUCAAGAAUCAGACUGUUGAUCUGGUUUUGACUGCUCAUCCAACACAAUCUGUAAGGCGGUCAUUGCUCCAGAAGCAUUCGAGGAUCCGGGACUGUUUGGUCCAGCUAUACUCAAAGGAUAUUACUCCAGAUGACAAGCAGGAGCUCGAUGAGGCUCUCCAGAGAGAGAUCCAAGCCGCCUUUAGAACUGAUGAGAUCCGAAGGACUCAGCCCACUCCACAAGAUGAAAUGCGUGCUGGUAUGAGCUACUUCCAUGAGACAAUAUGGAAGGGUGUUCCAAAGUUCCUACGCCGUGUUGACACUGCAUUGAAGAACAUUGGGAUCAAUGAGCGUGUUCCUUAUAAUGCUCCUCUUAUCCAGUUCUCUUCUUGGAUGGGAGGAGAUCGUGAUGGAAAUCCAAGAGUGACACCAGAGGUUACAAGGGACGUCUGCUUGCUUGCGAGAAUGAUGGCAGCAAAUUUGUAUUGUGCACAAAUUGAGGAUCUCAUGUUUGAGUUGUCAAUGUGGCGUUGCAAUGAUGAGCUACGGUCACGAGCUGAUGAGUUGCAUCGCUCUUCUAAGAAAGAUGCGAAGCACUACAUAGAGUUCUGGAAGAAGGUUCCUCCAAAUGAGCCAUAUCGGGUAAUACUGAGUGAUGUCAGGGAUAAUCUUUACAACACCCGUGAGAGAUCACGUGAGUUGUUAUCCAGUGGACACUCUGACAUCCCUGAGGAUGCAACCCUGACAAAUGUUGAGCAGCUACUAGAGCCAUUGGAGUUAUGUUACAGGUCGCUGUGUGCCUGUGGUGACCGUGUUAUUGCUGAUGGAACCCUUCUUGAUUUCCUGCGCCAAGUAUCUACCUUUGGACUUUCCCUUGUGAAGCUUGACAUUAGGCAAGAGUCUGAAAGGCACACUGAUGUCAUUGAUGCCAUCACCACACACCUAGGGCUAGGAUCGUAUCGCGAGUGGUCUGAGGAACGUCGUCAGGAAUGGCUGUUGUCUGAACUCAACGGGAAGCGUCCAUUAUUUGGAUCAGACCUUCCCAGGUCAGAGGAAGUUGCUGAUGUUCUAGACACGUUCCAAGUCAUUGCUGAGCUACCUGCUGACAGCUUUGGAGCAUACGUCAUUUCUAUGGCAACAGCUCCUUCAGAUGUUCUUGCUGUGGAGCUCCUUCAACGUGAGUGCCAUGUCAAGACACCACUUAGAGUUGUCCCCCUGUUUGAGAAGUUGGCCGAUCUUGAGUCUGCCCCAGCAGCAUUGGCCAGACUCUUCUCGAUAGAUUGGUACAGAGCAAGAGUCAACGGCAAGCAGGAGGUGAUGAUUGGGUAUUCAGACUCCGGUAAGGAUGCUGGACGUCUCUCAGCAGCUUGGCAGAUGUACAAGGCUCAGGAGGACCUUGUCAAGGUCGCUAAGCAAUUUGGAGUGAAGUUGACAAUGUUCCAUGGGCGAGGUGGGACUGUUGGCAGGGGUGGUGGCCCUACUCACCUUGCCAUCCUGUCUCAGCCACCAGACACAAUCAACGGAUCACUCCGGGUGACUGUUCAAGGUGAAGUUAUUGAGCAGAGCUUUGGGGAGGAACACUUGUGCUUCAGGACGCUGCAGCGUUUCACAGCUGCUACUCUUGAGCAUGGGAUGCGCCCACCCAUUUCACCAAAGCCAGAGUGGCGAGCUCUUCUUGAUGAGAUGGCUGUGGUGGCAACUCAGGAAUAUCGGUCAAUCGUCUUCCAAGAACCACGCUUCGUCGAGUAUUUCCGCCUUGCAACACCAGAAACAGAGUAUGGCAGGAUGAAUAUAGGAAGCAGGCCAUCAAAGAGAAAACCAAGUGGUGGCAUUGAAUCACUCCGUGCAAUUCCAUGGAUCUUCGCAUGGACACAGACACGGUUCCACCUUCCAGUCUGGUUGGGCUUUGGUGGUGCAUUCAAGCAUAUCCUCAAGAAGGACAUCAGAAAUUUCCAUAUGCUCCAGGAGAUGUACAAUGAGUGGCCAUUUUUCAGGGUCACGAUCGAUCUUGUUGAGAUGGUGUUCGCCAAGGGUAACCCUGGCAUUGCUGCCUUGUAUGACAGGCUCCUGGUUUCAGAGGAGCUACAGCCACUCGGUGACAAGCUGAGGGCCAAUUAUGAAGAGACCCAGCAGCUUCUUCUUCAGGUUGCUGGACACAAGGAUCUUCUUGAAGGUGAUCCCUACUUGAAGCAGCGGCUCCGACUCCGUGACGCGUACAUCACCACCAUGAACGUCUGCCAGGCCUACACACUGAAGCGGAUCCGCGACCCAGACUAUCACGUCGCUCUGCGGCCCCAUCUUUCCAAGGAGGUCAUGGACACAAGCAAGCCGGCUUCCGAGCUUGUGACGCUGAACCCGGCCAGCGAGUACGCCCCGGGGCUGGAGGACACCCUCAUCUUGACCAUGAAGGGCGUUGCUGCCGGUCUGCAGAACACCGGUUAGGGCCAGGAGAGAUGUCUGCUUGCCAUCCUUUUUGUAUCUUGAUGAUGAUGCGAGAUGUUUUUCUUUGGUCGUUUGCCGUGGGCCUUGUAUCUCUCGGAUAUAGUUGCAUCUGUCUCCCUUCUCAGUGAGCAAUAAUGGUGUUUCGCCCAAGUAUAUUGAUAAAUAAAGGGAACCGAUGUUAAUUGCUGA